AAUUGCCGCAGUAUUAUAUAUUCAUGAACAAAGGUGCGGCCACCAUUACCUGUGCGACUGUAUAAAAUGCUCCUAUACUUUCAUUUUCGCAUUUGUCUGUAAAACAGCAGCUUUCGAGGGUCGUUUGGAAAAGAAAAGGCCUUGGAGGGUGAAGAACGUCCCAGCCAGAGACUUAGCGGCAGGCAGCCGAGCCUCCAGCUUCCUCUAGGGGGCAGCGGCAGCAAAGCGAACUCCGGGGAUACUCAGAGGUGGCUUCGGAUGAUCACAUGAGGGGGAGUGGCACACAAGAGGAUCGUACAAUCAGGUCAUAACACAGAGAGGCCCCAGCAGGAAUCAACUGGUCUGGAUCAGGACAAAAAUGGGAAAGAAGAGAGGAAAAAGAAGAGCUGCUCCUGAAAUGCGCCCCCCUGUGGGGUGUAAUGGAAAGAGCGCUGAGAGUGUCCCGAUGAAGAGAGCAGACUCCCCUGUACCCAGCUGUGUUUCCAUGAAGAGUGACGAGUCAAUGGAUGAACCAAACAGAUUCAGAGAGGGACCUUUUCCUACUGAUCAAAGUGUCCCGAUGAAGAGAGCAGACUCCCCUGUACCCAGCUGUGUUUCCCUGAAGAGUGACGAGUCAAUGGAUGAACCAAACAGAUUCAGAGAGGGACCUUUUCCUACUGAUCAAAGUGUCCCGAUGAAGAGAGCAGACUCCCCUGUACCCAGCUGUGUUUCCCUGAAGAGUGACGAGUCAAUGGAUGAACCAAACAGAUUCAGAGAGGGACCUUUUCCUACUGAUCAAAGGUAAAUGUGCAUUUAAACAAACAUUGUUGAUGACAUUCAGACUCUCAGUCAAAUGGCACAGAGACACAUACAAGCUAUGAGGAAAUAACAUAUUUAUAAUGAAUGCACCAAUUUUUACCUGUAACAGAUUCCAUCACCUUGAGAAUUUAAACAAAUGUUUUGUCUGUGUUCUAUAUAAAUAACAUCUGAGGUAAAUGGAUGAGGAUUACUGUAAAACCUGACUUUCUGCGAGCUGGAAUUGAAAGUUAUUUAAUAGCAAAGUGGAUUUUAAAUUUCAGUCCUCAGCACAGAGCUGGAAAAAUCUGGUUUGCCUGUUUCCCCCCCACAUGUCCAUUAAAGAAUGACUCGACAACAGAUUGUCGUCUCGUGAGAUGGAUGUUUCUGUUUUGAUAACCAAUAAUUUCACUCUCA